UGUAUAUCUAAAUUGUCAAAUAGAUGUCCUGCGCCCUACGGGAUCCAAGCAAAAUAGACCAAAGAACAAAAUUAAUUAAUUAUAUAAAUAUUAAAAAGCUUAUGUAUUUAGAUUUAAGAUGGUAUGAGAUAAACACGUAGCUAUAUUUACAUAUGCCCAUACUCCACAGCAAGGAUAUGCGCGUAUGCAUUCGCAGGAAAUAGCGAUAUACACGUAAUAUAUAGGUAAUUUUCUUACCUGGAAAUAGACAGCCAAUACGUAUAGUUGUGAUAGACUGACUCUGUGCGAUACAAGAGCCAUUCAGCAUUUAAAUAGCGUAUAUCAAAUAACAAGUGCACAAACCUACAUCAAGUAUUUAAAUUUAAUUAACAUAGUCGAGAUGGUGCUGUGUAGACCAUACAUAGCUGCUGACGAUCACAAGAAUAACAGAUCGACAGUGUUUAAGAACGAAGUAUUAUACGAACAAGGGUUGUUCCGCAUUACUUCGAUUGAUGGGGCAAACAUCUUCUCUCGUCUAAAAGGAGCCUUAUCCCGGGACAAAUACAGAGUCCAAGCUCGCACGGGCGCCAAGGUAUAUAUAGUCGCACAAUCCGACCAGUGGGACGAGAUCAAUCGUGAUUGGCAUUUAUUAUUAGAAAAGCUCAUACCUACUCUGGAGAAAGAUGAGUCACAGAUACAGCACCUGCCCAAGCUACUGGAUGAUGUCAUGAAGGCUCGAGUAUGCAACACCACAUCUGGAGGAGGCAUCUAUCGCAAAGCAUCGACUACGGUACAAGUGAAGGACCAACGCAUACAGUUCGAAGAGAAACUCAGCUCACUAAAGAGCGGACAGGCCCAUCGCGACGAAAAUCAGCUGGAGAAGUUCGAGAUAUACCGCACGCUUGGCACGGGUUCUUUCGGCCGAGUUAUCCUGGUCAAAACUAAGGACUCCGGAAAGUUCUGCGCAAUUAAAGUGAUCAAGAAAGAAAUAGUCAUCCGCCUCAAGCAAGUGGAGCAUACCGCCAAUGAGAAGAACAUCCUGUCCUGCGUCGAAUGUCCCUUUGUGGUCAACCUGGUCGACUACUUCCAGGACUCCAAAAACUUAUAUUUUGCGUUGGAGUUUAUCAACGGAGGAGAGAUGUUCACACACAUCCACCGCAACCGCUACUUCAGCUAUGAAGUGGCUAAACACUUUGCCGCUGAGGUGGUGCUUGGCUUUGAAUAUCUGCACAAUCUAGACAUUGUGUACCGUGACCUUAAGCCCGAGAAUCUGCUGAUUGACAACAAAGGUCAUGUGCGCAUCACUGACUUUGGUUUCGCCAAACGAGUGGCUGACCGCACAUGGACUCUGUGUGGCACCCCCGAAUACCUUGCACCAGAGAUCAUCCUGAGUAAGGGGUACUCCCACAGUGUUGACUGGUGGGCAUUGGGUGUGCUGAUUUAUGAAAUGCGCUGUGGCCACGCGCCUUUCUACGACGCGAGUCAAAUGGAGAUGUACAAAAAGAUUGUGGAGGGUCGUCUGGCGUUCCCGUCACACUUUAAAGCCGACGAGAAAGAGAUCAUCCAGGCCUUUCUGACCGGAGACCUGACUCGGAGGUUGGGAAAUAUGAAGAAUGGGGUGAACGAUAUCAAGCAUAUGAAGUACUUCAAGGGAAUGGACUUUGCCGCACUCUAUGCACUACACGUCACGUCACCGUACAUCCCUAAGGUGGGCGGAGACGGAGACGCCAGCAACUUCGACAAGUACGAUGAAGAGCCUAUCACCUGGUACGGCGGUGAUGUCAAGGACCCGUACGCCGAUAUAUUCAAAGACUUCUGAGGAGCGUCUGUGUGAAAGACCAGGCUGAUGGAGACGGUGUUUUAGCUGUAGCGGCAAAGGAAGUUCUGCGAGCAAUGUAUAUCUAAUUACGGCGAUGUGGGAGAAGCUAUAGCUUGUGCGAGAGUUUAUAGCUCAGCAGGGCUAUGGGAGGUAUCGUUGUCGCACGCGCUCGUGCUGAUGAGGUCGUGGGAAUGGGAAUGUUCUGUAUGCACACGCCUGUAGGCGAAUGUGUAUGAGGAAGGGAGUUGUAUCCAAAUACUAGACGCAGGACUCUGCGUGUGAGAUAUAGGAAGGCUAGAUAAGUAUAUAUAAAUUUAUUUAUGAACCGGAUA